GUUAAACUAUACUAACUAGGAAGGAGCGGUAAUCAUGUGACACCGAGUUGCAUGAUGUGGUUCGGACUGGAGCAUGAUCCACGGAUGAGAUUAGGCACCAGGAUAAGGCUAAGCAUCAGACCAAAAAGCUUGUCGGGCGGGAAACAGACAUCGGAGCGGCUGAACGGUCGUCCUGAUGGGGCAGAAGCAAUAUAAUCAUAGGCCGGUUGGGAGUUGGAAGGGUGGCUGUCGGGUUUAACUACCCUUCUAGAACUUGAGCUAGGUUCUGGCCAGUCUGGUACGCCCGAGACAAGGUGACACUGGACCACAUGGAAGAAGGGAGGCUGCCCUUCAUUUGCCGCAAAUCUUUCUCUGCUACUAGACGUCCGACCGCACCGAACAUCUGCAGCAGCGAGGCAGGAUCAUUAAUUGAUCGAUUUGUUCUGGUGUCUGCACUGCAUGAGCUCACCGAAGGUGGGUUAUCUUUCAGACUGGGGCAAUUACGAAGGAAAUCGAUCAGAUACACUUCAUUGCAAGGAUUGCGAGAUAUGACACGUAACCAAAGUGCAAAGUAGAAC